UCGACAACAUGCUAUUGUUGCGUGGUGCAACGGAGUAAUCCUGCUUGCAUGCACGAAUUAUCAUAUCUAGAUGAAACUAAAAAGGAGUUUACGUCACGGCAAAGUACAGAAUGGAAAUUUUUGUUUCUUGAUCACCGGGGUCCAUUAUUAAUAGGAUACCAACUCUUUGAGGUCCUGGGAAACUCCAUGUAUGACUACAUCCAUCCAGACGAUUUAGAAAUGUUGGCAAAUUCCCACAAGGAAUUAUCAGAAACAGGAAAAAGUCAGUCUUGUUACUACCGUUUCUUGACAAAAGGCGAGCAGUGGCUGUGGUUAAAGUCGUCAUAUUAUAUAUCAUAUAAUCAGUGGAACUCGAAACCGGAAUUCAUAGUGUGCACCAACACUGUUGUAAGUUUAACAGUUGCCCAGGCUGCACAGGCUCGAAGACAACAAGCACAGCCACUGCGACAGGUGACUGAAUUGUCGGGAUGUACAUCAACAGUGCCACAUGUCAAGAAAUCUGAUGUGAAGCCUCACACAAAAGGACAAACAGACAAUGCUUCCGCCGUAUCAUUCGUCUACUCAGAAGCAGAUGGGAACCAACCUUCUUCAUCAACUGCUGAUCCAGUCCCGUCUACGAGCAAGGCUGUUCCCACAUCGGUAUUUGGUGGGCAGAGUUCGUUGUUGGAACCUAUGCCCUCCGGCCAACCAAUGACGACCUCCUCCACUUUGAGGAAGGCCAGCUUAGUCAAGAUUUUAAGCCUCCCAUCCUCUGACUCUGUCACCAAAGUACCGACGACAGUGAUCAAAAGUUCCCUUCUUGGUGGUCACUCCUCCCAGAAGAUGCCCACGAGUGGAUCAGUAUCAGUGGUUGGAGCCCCUGCCUUGUCUAACCAGGUGUUGACAGUCCGCCAGAUCCACUUGACUAAAGCACAAGAACUUUUGUUUCAUCAACUGAAGGCGAGAUAUACCAGUCUGCUGGCGAGGUUAUCCAAACAACAGGAUGAGCUACAUGGUGUUGUUGAUAUGCUGAAUCUUAGUGCGGACACGUUCCUACUACCGGUCAGUGGACAAGACCAGGACCACAUUCACCAAUUACAGGUUCAAGAUCAACAGGCCUUACAGCCACAUACGGUACUUGAACAGAGUCACGAUAUCAUGGUACAGGAGCUUGGUCAGCAUGCUGUACAAGAGGGACGGAAUACGGUAAUGCAGGGACAACAUUCAGAACAGCAAGGACAUCAUACGAUACAGGAGAGACAAUAUACAGUAGUUCAGCAGGGACAGCAUAUGGUACAGCAAGAACAAAAUAUGGUACUGCAGGGACAACAUCUGUUACAGGAGGGACAACACGCAGGAGAGCAGGUGUUACCAGGGCAAUCAUUAUUACAACAUCAAGGGCAAGAAUUACCUGGACAACCAGUGAUACAACAACAGGGCCAACUGGUAAUGCAACAACAGACAUUACGGGGACAACCUGGGCAACAGACAUCAGCUGGCCAGGUUUUACAACAACAGGGUCAACAUAUGUUGCAGCAGCAGGGACAACAGAUAGUGCAAGGGCAUCAGACAUUAACCCAACAUGGGCAACCGACUUUACGGCAACGUGUGCUACAACAGACAUUGACCCAACAUGGGCAACAGGUUGUACAACAACAGGAGCAGGAGACGUCACAACAACAGGAUUUACAAGAACAAUUGCCACAGCAACGGGGACAAAUUUUGCCACAACCGGUCACCAUGGUGCCUGUCAAUAUAAUUUCUCCGGUUGCGCAAAAUACAAAUAGCCAAUUGAUUCAGAUUAUUCCACAACAGACUCGACCAGGUACACCACAAAAUCCAUUUCAUUUUGGUCAGGGUACGAAUGUGCGGAUACGUGACUUAUUACAUCAACAGCCUAGAUAAUGAAGGGUGGAAAAACUUGACAAAUUGUUGAAUUUGUAAAUGAAGAGACCAAAAGUGAUUCAAAACUUGUUGAAAUAUACUGAUUUAAAAAACUUGCUAUGUUGAGGAAAGUGCUCUGGAAAUGAUUGAGAAAUUUUGAAUUUACUUGAGGGGGUCACCGCAGGUGCAGAGAGUCAAAGAAAAUCUGUCCUUGCUGCAAGAUGGGAUAAAUACAUCUAUCAAACCGGGUGCAGCAACGUCCAAUUUUGUCUACAGAAAAGGAACCUCACUCGCAUAAAUCACAUGUCACUGUGAUAAAAAUUACUCGUCUGCAGUGUUCUAAGCUAAUCUGCUUGCAUUUUUAAUUUAGAUAUUGUUUACUUUUUUAAAUGGUUUUCCAUUUGAAGAUGAAUUCUGAGCAAUACAGACAAAAAUAGUUGUGUGGUAGCUUACAUAUCAAAUCUGUAAAUAUAGUUGUAUAAUAUUAUUAAGAAUUCGUAAAGUGAUAAUUUGAGGUAAAUCAUAGAUUGUGCAAAGGAUGGGGGAUGAGGAGUAAGUGAUGUCCUUUCUGCAGGAGGUUGUCACUUGGGACCGGGCCUUUAUUUUGAAAACUAAUUCUCCAAGAGGAAUUUUGGUAAAUAAUGUAAUUCUUAUGAUAACCCACCGCUGGAUGUGCUACUGUCUUUAAUUGACAGUGACUGAUGUGAAGCAUUCUUGUGUUUUGUACGGGAGCUACUGUUUGGCAAUUCAGUAUUGUCA